CGAUAUUAAUAUUGUCAAUAUUUUAGAAAAUGACAAUCAUGAUGAUUAUAAUGAUUCUUUUGAAAAUGAAGAAAGUGAAUCUUUUGAAAAUGAAAAAAGUGAAUUUUUUAAAAAUAAAGAUUUGCUUAAAAAUGAAUUAGAUCUAUGUUAUUUCUUGCCAGAAAGUUCAGAGGAUGAAUUAGAUCCAAGUUACUUUUUAGCAGAGGACAAUGAAAAUUAUUCUUCUGAGGAAGGGUCUUAUAAUUUUUUAGAUUAUUCUGAAUUUAUAAGUAGAGUUAGUCCAGAAAUAAUAGUUAUAUCAGAUGAUAGUGAUGCAGAAACAAAAACCAUCUAUCUAAAAGGAAAAACAAAGGUUAAUCUUAUUGAAUCAUAG